AUGGCAUCUCCAUAUCUCGGCCAGCUUUUGAGUGAGUCUGUUGCGGACCAUAUUGGUGCUACGCCCUUGGUGCAGCUGAAUCGCCUUCCUGCUUCGUUUGGGAUUAAGGCCAGAGUCUGUGCGAAGCUGGAAUACUUCAAUGCCGGGGGCUCUAUAAAGGACCGCAUUGCGAAGCGCAUGGUGGAACAAGCGGAGAAAGAUGGAUUGAUUAAGCCGGGUGAUACACUGAUUGAAGCUUCAAGUGGAAAUACAGGCAUAGCCAUUGCCCUCAUGGCAGCGACUAAGGGCUAUAAAUGUAUCAUCACUCUGUCCGAGAAAAUGUCACUGGAGAAAGAACAGAUCCUCAACGCGUUGGGCGCCAAGGUGGUGCGCACGCCUGCCGGAGUGCCCAUUGAAUCCCCGAAUUCUAUCCUGAGUGUUGCCAGACGUCUGAAUAAGGAGAUACCUAAUUCGUGGAUCCUGGACCAAUACAACAACCCGGAGAACCCGCGAGCCCAUGAAUUUGGUACUGCGGAAGAGAUCUGGCACCAGACCCAGGGUAAGGUAGACGUCAUCCUUGCUGGAGCUGGAACCGGUGGUACGGUCACCGGUUUAACCAGGGGCCUGAAGAAGAAGAGUCGUGAUGUGUUUGUCGUUGGUGUGGAUCCAGUCGGAUCUAUCCUGGCGCAUCCGGACGCACUCAAUGAAAAGAAAGGUGAAUAUAGAGUAGAGGGGAUUGGAUAUGACUUUGUGCCCGGCGUGCUGGAACAGAGAAUCCCGGAUUUCUGGGUCAAAACCACCGACCAGGAUUCCUUCCAGAUGGCAAGAAGACUUAUCCGUGAGGAAGGUUUGCUCUGUGGUGGCUCAUCGGGGGCAGCGCUUGCAGGUUUAGUCCAGUUCCUUCAGUUGCGCCCAGACUUCAACGUGGAAGACAAGACGAUCGUGUUGGUUUUCGCAGAUAGUCUCCGGAAUUACCUGACUAAGUUCGCGGACGAUGUGUGGAUGGAGCAGAAUGGGUUUGUAUUGGAUGCAGUCGAUAGCUGA